AUUCUGUGAAAGUAGUUGGUCGGCCAACGUUUUCCUCACAAAAACAAAACACGUGUUCUUAGCAGUGGAUGUUCAGCAGCUGACGGAACAAACAAACAAACCUGUUUAACAUAGCAUCAAAUCUUUUUCACUAAAAUGUCGUCUCCAACAUGUAGCUGUGCUGAACACGUCAGAAAACUCACACAGCAGGCGUCAGUGAUGAGAAGAGAGAUCAAAAACCUCAGACAGCAGAUGGAUGGAGCCAUUCGAGCACAUAAGAAGCAGAUGUCAUCCCUUCAGUCCACGCUGACAGGCUAUAAACACCAAGAACCUGCACACUCAGUGAACAGCAGCCCAGCUCCUGCUCAGAUCAGGCAGUUAUUGGAGCAAGGACGUAUUCAUACGAUACCGAUUGGAUACAUCAACUCGUGUUUUGCUGUCAAAAAUGGUACUCCACGACAACCCACCGUAUGCAGUUCUUCUCGGGCCAGCUUAAAGAUCCAGCCCUCUGUCUUCAAUAACCCUGAGCAUUCUUUAGUCGGCCUAGAACAAUACUCCCAUAUCUGGAUCAUUUUCCUCUUCCAUAAAAACGGGCAGAUGAGCUACAAAGCCAAAGUAAAGCCGCCCCGUCUGAAUGGCCGGAGGGUGGGGGUGUACUCCACCCGCAGCCCCCACAGGCCCAAUGCUUUGGGACUGACCUUGGCUAAGCUGGAAGGAAUCACAGAGGAUACACUUCACUUGUCUGGCGUCGAUAUGAUUGCUGGAACACCUGUGCUAGACAUCAAGCCAUAUAUUCCAGAUUACGAUUCUCCAAAAACAAGAAGAGAUGAUACCAACCGUGAAUACAGACCAGCAUCGCCGUCCACAGACUCUCAGAUGCCCCUGGAUCUAGAUGAAGAAGCAAACGGCUCAGAGAGAUCAUCCGAACCCUCCUCGGAGAUCAGAGCUUGUUCAUCUGGAGCUUCGGCAGAAAGGUUUGGAUCCGGUGAUGUGACUGAUGUGUUAGCAGAGGUGAAAGACUAUGUCAAACAGCAACAGCUUUUCACUGAAAGUCCAGAAGACCGACAAACAGAUUCUCCUGAAUGCGCUUCAGUGACAACGACCCGUCUGAGUUCAUCCAGUCUUAAGUUUGGAUGCGAGGACUACGGUACCAUCGCUGCCUGGGUCAGGGCACCCCCCGUCAGCGACCUAGAUGUGCGCUUCACCGCAAAUGCUGAGCAAGAGCUCAAAGAGUUUGUGCCCUGUGACAGUACAGACCGUACAAGACCAAAGUUCCGGUUCUUGAAAGGAGCAGAAGAAGCAGUGGAAGCCAUCAGAGGUAUUCUGUCAGCCGACCCUAGAUCAGUAUAUCGCCGCACACGCUGUCAGGACCGCCUGUUCUUCUUCACCCUGGAUACAGCUGACAUCACCUGCUGGUUUGGAGAUGGUUUUGCUGAGGUUGUGAGAGUCAAACCAAUGCAGAGGGAAGAACUCACAAAUGUCGUCUGAGAUUUGUCAAACCCCUGCGUUUGCAGGAAUAAAUAGCAAUGAAUAAUUUAGCAAAAACUGUAAAUUCUAUAAACAUUUACUCGCCCUCAUAUCGCGCCAAAAACUUCAUUUUUUCUGUGGAACGUACGGUUUCUCAUACAAUGGAAGUCAGUGGUCACCAGAAUUGUUUGCUUACCAUGAUUCUUCAAAAUAUCAGCUUUUGUGUUGCACAGAAGAAAAGGUCAGUAAUGUCUUUUUCAUUUUUGGGCAAACUAUCCCUUAAUUUGUGUUUAUGGAAUAAUGAUUAAAUGGUCUGCUGCGCUAUUAGCUAAAGGAAAUUGCGAAUACUGUCUUAAACCAGACUGAUCCAGUAUUCUCAACUAAUUUACUAAAACAUAAUUUUAUAGAUAUUUUUAUGGUUUUCAGCAUAGGUCUAAAUGUUACCACUAAAUAUUAUCACGCUGUCUUUAGCAAGCAACUAUAUUGUUAUAAUUUCAUAGUGCCGCAAUGAUAAUUUGUGUAUGGUUAUUUAUUGCAUUUUAAUUUGUUAAAUGUUCCAGUAAUGUGCUGGGUUUAUUAAAGGUGCCGCAUGAAAUUAAAGCAUAAAAUAUCAUGAUAUGUUUACAAGUACUGUAUUCAGGAAAGAUGCUAAGCUCAUAUGCACAAUUCUGCAGCUAUUUAUUGUUCUCUAAAAUGGCAUUUCUCUCAGAAAGUCUGCUUUUGUUAGUGAUUUCAAGCACUGCCAGUGUAACCGGUAUUAUUUUGACACCCUGGGUGGUCAGUUGGCAAUAAAAACAGCGUAUUGCA